AUGACCCCACACAGAAAGGACUUGUUCGAAUACAAGGGCCUUAAGACAAAUGUCGAAGUGACGAUUGCAGACGGCAUGAUGUUGAUUGUCAAAGGAGCCGGUACGGUUGAGAUCACCGAUUUGGAUGGAAAAGGCAUUCGCAUGUUUGAGUCUUGUACAUCCCAGGACUCGAUAGAAGAUUACUUUUAG